AUCACAUAUGUGUAUCAUGGGACCUUCCUGUCUGCCUGAAGAGUUCCGAGAAGCUAGGUGAAAAACCACGACACUCUAAAUGGGAGAGAGGGCAUUCACUUCAAAUUAUGAACAGAAAGUAAUUGUGGAAGAAAACUAAGUUGAUGGCGGAUAAAGCAUGGUAAUCACUAAAUGACGGAAGCUUCACACAGGUGGUGGCUAGCUAACUGGAUGGUGGACAAUGGGAGAAGAUCAUAUCCGUGGGCCCACUCGUACUCUGCUGGGAUGUGCCAGUAAUGACUCCCUGUGCAUUGUCAGAACAUACCAGGAUGAGGUGAUUGUGGUGCCUGUGUUCCUGAUAGGGCUCACUGUGAUAUUGUUAGCUGUUAUAUUAUGGAUGCGAUAUCGAACGGUGAAAACCUCAGAACACAAACAAGCAGAUGGUCGGUCACAGAUUAGUCAAAACGGUCUCAACUCAGGAGUCUCCCUGGAGGAAUUGUCCUUGGAGGCUGUGCAAAGAACAACAGAUGCGUCCUUACAGGCCUUGGAAACACCUUGGGACAGGGUCAGGAAGCCUCUUCAGCUUUUAGGAGAAGGACAGUUUGGUCCUAUCUACAAGACAGUACUGAAUGUUCCAGGUGGAGGCCAAGAAAGGGACAUAGUCAUCAAACAGUUAAGAGACUCAGCAGGACCGAGCAGUACUCGAGAUUUCCUGCAGAGGUCAGCAUUUCAAGCCUGGCUCGGUCGGCACCCGCACUUUGUGGAACUGGUUGGAUGCUGCACUGUAGAAAAGCCAUUUUGCAUGCUACUAGAGAACAUUGAGCCAGGGUGUCUUCUGAACUUCUUAUGGGACUGCCGCAGGGAUGUUCUGUCUAUGGAUGGAAUACUCUAUGAUAUCACAGAGUGUCAAGUUUACAUUAUAGCACUUCAGAUCCUUUCAGCACUGGAGUUCUUACAUAAACGCAAUCUCCUGCACGGUGAUGUAGCAGCACGCAAUGUCCUUAUUCAUCGGAAUUUUACUGCAAAACUGGCUGGACUUGGUAGCGCCUGUACUAUGCAACUGAGUGGGUCUUUUCCUUCCCGAAGCCCUGCACCACUGAAAUGGAUGGCCCCGGAGCGGCUACUUCAGUUGCCUCUUUCUGGAAAAUCUGAUGUAUGGUCAUUUGGAAUUUUCCUCUAUGAGAUGAUAAGUUUAGGUGCCCCCCCAUACCCUGAAGUCCCUCCUUCCAGCAUUCUUCAACACUUACAGAGAGGAAAUAUCAUGCAGAGACCCUCCACCUGCAAGCCAUCCAUGUACACCAUUAUGAAGUCCUGUUGGUCAUGGAGACAUUCAGAACGUAUCUCACUUUCGGAACUGCAAACCCGCCUGGAAGUUGGAAAGAGAAACUCCAACGACAAGACGGUUCUUCAGGUCCCUGAGUUAGUUGUUCCUGAACUGUAUGCAGGUGUGGCUGGGACGGAACCUCUGAAAAUGGAGGCCGAUUAUACGGUGCUAUGAAAAGCAGGCCACAAAUUACAAAGACUUGUGGCAAGUUGUUUAAAUGGACUUAGAGGAAACUGCUGGAGAAGAGUUAGAACAUUUUCUAACUAUAAGCAAACCUGGCUGGUAAUAUUAAGGCUAACAUGGCUUAUUGACUGUAGUAUAUGACAGAGACGAUUUCAUUUUGUGUUGACACUCAGGUGUGUGGACUUCAGGACUCUCCUAUCACAUUUGGUUGUACCAUUCUAUAAAUCAAUGUAUGUUUACAAUAUGUUUGAUAUUUUGAAUGAUGUUAAAGGCUGACAGCGUUUUAUGUUGAUUAACUUUGUGUGUAGUGCAACGGUAAUUAACCUGGGUUUCCGCAACUACAAAAAAUACAUGGGAAUGCUUGCAUUAGUCUUAAUGAUUCCGGUCAUUGCAUGGCAUUAUGGUGGGGACAGCACUGAAUGAGUUGCCUUUAACUCUCUUAUCAACUAAAUAAGCCAAAUCAAUUUCACCAAAAA